AAUCACAGAAGAGUUAGAGAAACGAGAUAUGCGUGACACGAGAGUGAGGGGAGGAGGUGGUGGUGUGCAUGACUACCAGCGCAAACACUUCAUUCCCCUGCUGACCAGUGACCACCGACCACCGUCAGGCACCGCACCUGGCAGGCUGAGAGAGACGUGGCGCAACCCUUUACACCAGCGAUGGAAGGGGAGAUAAGGCAACGCAGAGGCUCGAAUGGUGGUGGUGGCGGCGCGGGGUCCUUGGAGGGAGAGAAAUCAGAGAAGGCGCCGCUCCUUCCUGGAGGCUUACGAAAUCGACGAAGACGCGACUCACAGCCACGCUAUGAGCCCACGGACUGGGAUGACUCACUCCCGUACGGCGGAAAGGUGUACCUGGCGCGCCGCAAACUCCCAGACUCCUGGUUCUGUGUGGCCCUGCAGGUGGCGGUGGUGGCGGCGUCGCUAGGGACUCUGUACUACGCCUGGUUCCACUCCGACCACAUGCACUUCCACCUGGUGAAGGCCUACGCACACCUGGGCCACAGGGAAGCACAGGCCACGGUGGGACACAAGCUGCUCAACGGCAAGGGAGUCGAGCAGAACCACACGGCAGCCAUGGAGUGGUUCUCUAAGGCCGCUGAUCAGGGCCACCCCCAGGCCUCCUACAAUCUGGCCGUGGGUCACCUCCAGGGCCACCCCACGAAGCUUCAGAAGGGCGACGCACACAAACUCAUACGCCACGCAGCCUCUCACGGGGUACCAGAAGCCGAAGAGGUAAUGAAGAGAGUCUGCUCGAAGGGACGCUGUGAUGAGUAGUACGUCUGGAUGAGUUAUCCCUUGCGUGUGCCCGUUUUCUUUGGCAUUGUUUGGAGGUGGUGUGGUGGUGGUAGUAUAUUGUUAUGCAGUGUGUUAUACGGUACUUAGAUAGGAAUUUCUUUGUGUUAGAGGUGGUGGUGGUGGUGGUGGUGAUGUGUUGCUAAUGUAUUAUCACGUUGUCUUUGUUGUUGCAGUGUGUAGCGGCAUUGGUAGUGGUUUAUUAGCUGUAUUAAUUAAAUAAACUGUCCUUGGCUUCUC